CCCGCCUGAGCCGGUCGCAUCUUCACGCAGAUCGCCAUGGAAGAAGAAAUCGCCGCGCUCGUCAUCGAUAAUGGCUCUGGCAUGUGCAAAGCUGGCUUUGCUGGGGACGACGCCCCCCGGGCCGUGUUCCCCUCCAUCGUCGGGCGCCCCCGACACCAAGGCGUCAUGGUGGGCAUGGGGCAGAAGGACAGCUACGUGGGCGACGAGGCCCAGAGCAAGCGUGGCAUCCUGACUCUCAAGUACCCCAUCGAGCACGGCAUUGUCACCAACUGGGAUGACAUGGAGAAGAUCUGGCACCACACUUUCUACAACGAGCUGCGUGUGGCCCCUGAGGAGCACCCCGUGCUGCUGACCGAGGCGCCCCUGAACCCCAAGGCCAACCGUGAGAAGAUGACUCAGAUCAUGUUCGAGACCUUCAACACCCCAGCCAUGUACGUGGCCAUCCAGGCCGUGCUGUCCCUGUACGCCUCUGGCCGUACCACUGGUAUUGUCAUGGACUCUGGGGAUGGGGUCACCCACACUGUGCCCAUCUACGAGGGCUACGCCCUCCCCCACGCCAUUCUGCGUCUGGACCUGGCCGGCCGGGACCUGACGGACUACCUCAUGAAGAUCCUCACGGAGCGGGGCUACAGCUUCACCACCACGGCCGAGCGGGAGAUCGUGCGUGACAUCAAGGAGAAGCUGUGCUACGUUGCCCUGGACUUCGAGCAGGAGAUGGCCACCGCUGCGUCUUCGUCCUCCCUGGAGAAGAGCUACGAGCUGCCCGACGGGCAGGUGAUCACCAUCGGCAACGAGCGCUUCCGGUGUCCGGAGGCUCUGUUCCAGCCCUCCUUCCUGGGUAUGGAGUCCUCUGGCAUUCACGAGACCACCUUCAACUCCAUCAUGAAGUGUGACGUCGACAUCCGGAAGGACCUGUACGCCAACACGGUGCUGUCUGGGGGCACCACCAUGUACCCCGGCAUCGCCGACAGGAUGCAGAAGGAGAUCACGGCGCUGGCCCCGAGCACGAUGAAGAUCAAGAUCAUCGCUCCGCCAGAGCGCAAGUACUCGGUGUGGAUCGGCGGCUCCAUCCUGGCCUCGCUGUCCACCUUCCAGCAGAUGUGGAUCAGCAAACAGGAGUACGACGAGUCCGGCCCCUCCAUCGUGCACCGCAAAUGCUUCUAAACGGACUGCAGGCAGAUGCUACGCAUCUGCUGCAUGAGUUCAUCACAAGCAUAAAAUUUGCCCUGGCAAACGUACACACCUCGUGCUAGCCUCAUGAAACUGGAAUAAGCCUUUGAAAAGAAAUUUGUCCUUGAAGCUUGUAUCUGAUAUCAGCACUGGAUUGUAGGCCUGGUUGCUGAUUUUGACCUUGUAUCAAGUUUAACUGUUCCUUUGGUACACGUUUAAUGCCCUGUACAUGUCUUUGAUUUAAACCCUAGCACACGCGGCUCGGUCACUCGGCUGAAGCGAGCGGCUGGAUGAGGAUCUGAGACCCCGCGUUUGACCGGUGCAGGGUGUUAGCGUGCAGAGCCGCCCGGUUCCAGGAUUUCUGUAGAGGCUGGCGAGUCCUGAACCAGUUGUCAUUUCUGUCCUGCCGGUCUGAGGGCAUUGGGACCUGCUCUCCUUCCUUAGCUGACGUUUUCCCGCCGGACACCCUGGGGGUUUACUUGCCUUGAGUUGGAAAACAGUUUGCAUUCACACAUGUAAAUUUACUCAUCCUUUUAAUUUAUGUAAGGUUUUUGUACCCAAUUCUUGGAGAUGACAAAUUUUGUUUUUUUUUUACUGUCAUGUGAGACCGUCAGGCCCCAGCAACACAUUGUGAGGAAAAUAAAAAGUGCCGCAGUGAA